AUGUCUGUCCGGUGUUUUAUUGCUGAACUUUGUAUGGCACUCCUGCUCCGGAAAUGGGACUACGAACCCAUAUCCAUCGAAACCCACUCAUCCGAUGAGAGUUUAAUAAAAUUAGAUAUGAAAAUUGAGCGAAUCAAUCGCGGAGUGUUUGGAUUGACGCCAAGGUUGAGUGGAACUACGAUACGACUGAUGAAACCAUGGUACGUCGAGGCCAAUGUCCUUCGAAGCUCGACGGGAGAUGUCAGCGACUACAAGCUGCUUCCUUGGGCCAUUCCCAAGCAAUCGCUAUACGAACAUCUGAACACCUAUUACAAGGAUGUUUCGAUGAAGAACUUUAAGCACUGUUCCAAUAUUCCGCAAUUCGAGGGUAAAUUCCAACCGCCAUUGCCAAAGCAGACCUAUUUUGGCAACAAAUGCGUGAUCGAUGGCGAUGGGUUGCCAGAAAUUGUUCCUGCCGGUUUUUAUCUGAUUGUGAUCAAAUGCUAUGGACCAGGUCAACCCACAUGGAACACUACGUCAGUUUUUAAAAUCACACCCAAAUUAAUGUAA